AAAUACUGAUAUAUUUCUAGAAUUUUUGUUCAUCGAUCACUAAUUCAUUGAAUGCAUUGAAAUCAUAUUGCGACAAGCAAUUUAAUUUUACUAGAUAUCUCCUCUGGCUUCUAUCGACCAAACAUGAAUUGUCAAGGUUUUGACAUCCAACCAGUCCCACCUCUAUUGAACGUUUCAGUCUUGAUGACAAUUCUACAAGUGCAGUUUAACGCAAUCGAUAAUCACACCAAUAUUUACGCAAGUAUUUGACAAAACCACGGUAUAAUUAAUUUCGCGAUUGGAAACGAAGAAAACACCUGGACAAAUUCAGGCAUUAAUCGUUGUCUUGAUGAAUUCCCGACAUGGGAGAAGAAGAAGAAUUAUACAACUUAAUUCACAAGAAGACCAAAUUUCCCUGUCUGCAGCCAAUCUUGUCUCUACCCUUAAUCAAUUCUGACCAAAUUCGCCCAAAAUGGCACUAUAAACGUCUAAAAUUAUACCGAAAUGUCAACCCAAAAAUACGGUCUACGUUGGGUUUUAUCGAGGAUCAACAAUCGUCAGAGAUCUUCAAGCCGAAGCUCCCAAAGUCCUUCUACAUAAUAAAAUUGAAGGAAUGGGCGGAAGAGAUCCCCAUAAGUGGGCUAAUGCCCUCCUGGGAGUCCAAUAUCAUCAAUCUCAUCCCGAGGUAUUUGAAAUUGAAAUAUCCACGAUGUCUGGAGGCCCUCCUUCAAGAAAUAAAGCUGAUGUACGUCGAGGAGAUGCAGGAGUUCGCUGUCUCGUCGAUCGUCAUCAACGAUAAAGAGGACGACAUCGAAGAAGUUGAAGAAGAAGAAACGAUAACGAUCUCAAUGGAGAAGCCCCUGGUCACCCAGAACAAUAAACUCUUUAUGAAGAAUCAGAAGCAUUUCAGGGCUAAUUACUUUUUGUCGCAAAGUCUUAUGAAACAAAUCAUCGCGACAGCAAGACAAAAACUGACAUCAGAAAUCGUGGACUUCUCCAAUUAUCGGGCCAUGGGGCUCCUCAGCCUUUCGGACUUUCAGUAUAUGAUAUCGAAAAGUAUCAGGAACAGUAGAUCGAUUAUAAAGCACGAGUACUAUAAAGAGAUUAUGAAGAGAGUUCUCUCUAAGAGACACCUGAGGAGGAUUACGAAGGAAGAAGAAUCUAGAUUCAUGCGAUGUGCAACGAAUCUCUUCGUCCAGCAAAUCCUUCAAAACAUGAUGGAGACCAUAACGAAGAUGUUGGACAUCAUCAAAGACGUGAAACGAUGCCCUCAAUUGAGUUUCGAACUUAUAAUCACUGAUGGCCUUGAGAACCUUGACAACUUCGAGAGAAAUAUAUCUCUGAGCCCCUCCAUCGAGACGGUUUGUGGCGCCUAUCAUCAGGUGAUCAACGAUAUCUCCAACAUCGUCAGAAACGAUCUGCUGUGCUUUAAAUAUGAAGACGGUGAUGAGAAUCACAUCCGGGUGAAUCUUCCUGAAUGGUUCUUGAAAGAAUCCCAUGAGAAGCUCUCUGAAAUCUUAGCUGACUUAUUCCAACCAUUGAAGGACCAUUUCUCCGAAAUUGUUGAAGAGUUCACAUACGUCUGCACCUCUGUAACCAGAGAUUUUAUAAUCGAUCUGCUCUCGAAUACAAGAGACUUUAAUCUGUACUGUGAUCACGUCAAAAAUUUCAAUACUUACUUAUCGAAGGGCAGCGAGAUGGUUUUAUAUUUGUACUACGACGUUGGAAGACUCAGUCAAAUAAAUGCAAAAGAUAAUCUUCAUCGAAACAUCUCCGGAUUAAUCAAGCUCCUCAUGGACAAGAUGGUGGACUAUCACUGGCACUAUAACAGAUCAAUAUUCAAUGAAUUCGAAAGCCUGAAAAACACAGCACUCGACAUUCCGAAGAACGCGAAGGGCUUAUUCGAAUUAAGCGAAACGAUGUCACAUGCGUCAACAGUAAUCGUCGAAAAGCUGGAGAAGAAGAUUUCCACGUCGAUGGAGAUGCUGAGUGAACUCCUACAGUUGACAGAUCUUUCAGAAAAACAUAUAGAGUUCAAUAAGUUAACGAUCAACUACUUGUUCACGAUAUCAGACGUCUUCAUUCAAAGCAAUAUUCUCUGCGAAGCAAUGAAGAGCGAAUUGGAAGACGAACUCCAGCGAAAGAUCAAUGUCCUGAAUACCGAAGUGGAGGAGAUCAUACCAGAAUUCAUUAUAAUGGAUAACAUGGACGACGCGAAUCGUGUACACGAGUACAUAGAGUUUCUGAAGCUCUUAGUAUCAAAAUUCAAAAAAGUGGAUGAUGAAAUUAAAACGAUAAACCACGAAGAGAAGUUGUUCAAGUUCCCUGAGACAGCGUUUCCUCGAGUCGACGAGAUAAAAGAUGUCAUCCUACCAUUUUACAGUCUCAACAAAAUGAUCUUCUUAUGGAGGAGACACAACAGUGUCUGGCUAGAUGGCCCCUUCGAGUAUAUUGACUCGGCUCAAGUCGAAAAGAUUACACUUCACUAUUUCGAAGAGUUCACGGAGCUCAACAAAACCAUGAAGACAAAAAUUAAAUUAGACAUGACAACUCCGAACAAGCCUUUCAAAUUCUCGGGGAUCAUUGAUGAUCCCGAUCCCAUGCAGCAACCAGCGCCCUUGAAACUCUCCUUCCAAGUAAUUCAACAUGUGAAGGAUUUUAAACAAUACAUCAGGCUGGUCAACUGCAUGUGCAAUCCUGCCCUGGCAGAACGCCACUGGACCGAGAUGUCCAUCAUCUAUGGAUCUGAUAUUACCCCUAACGCUGGUACUACUCUCAGGAAGAUCAUUGCACUGAAUCUGAUGGACAAUAUUGAGAAGUACGAAGUAAUCAGCAUCUCUGCCAAUAAGGAGCUCGCCUUGCAACAGCAGCUGGAUGACAUGAUCGAGGAGUGGAAUGAUGUGGUGUUUGAUAUUGGUGAGGAUGUGCAGGACAAGCGGCUUGUCUUUGUCAAUCUAGAAUCAGAGAUUCAGGUGAGGCUGGAGGAGCAUUUGGUUAAAGUUCAAGAGAUGAAGGGGUCUUAUUUUGUGAAGCCAAUUGCCGAAGAUGUUGAUGGGUUCCACAGGAGUUUGAUGUGCGUGCGGGAUACAAUCUGUACAUGGAAUCUUUUGCAGGAUGAGAUGAUGAUCAUCAAACCUAUCUUUGAAUACUCGAAAAGAUUGAUAUUGGCAAAAUCUGAGGAAACCUCAAUUGCGGAAGGAAGUGAAGCCGUUGAAGGUGAUGAGUUUGAGGUGAUUCACGAUGUCUGUGAAAAAAUUGAACAGUGUUUGAAGUGGGUGAGGGGUGAAAUUAUGCAAAAUUCGACGUUUCAUGGGAUUGGAAGAAUUGGAUCUGAGAAUUGGGAGAAACUGAAACAGUGCCUGAUGUACAUUGAAACUGCUAAUGAGAAGAUCUAUGAGUAUCUGAAAAAAAUGAGACGAGUCUUCCCUAGGUUCUACUUUCUUUCCGACCGUGAAAUUGUUACGAUCAUGUUUAGUGAUGAAUCGGAGAACUAUAGUGUUGAUAGGGUUGUGAGAUUGUUGAGGAAGUGUUUCUAUGGAAUAAAAAACGUGAAAUUGGGUUCCAGUUUGCAAAUUAUUGCCAUUAUCAGUGAUUACGAUCAGGAGUUUGAGUUAGCCUCAGUUAUUAAUCCUGGAGAGUCGAAUUGGCUGAUUAAUACUGAAAAUUCCAUAAUCGAUUUAGUGAAGAGAAAUAUUGACGUUAAGAUUUCUACAAUUGCUGAAGACAAAGAUUCCGAUGAUUUCAUUGAUAAUUUUAUUUCUGAUAUUCUUAGUGUAUCUUUCGUGACUUUGAAAAUAUUCUGGACUUCACAAAUCGAAGCGUGUCUUCGAGAUUUAACUCGAAAUCCCUCGAAAGAAUUGAAUUCCCUUUUGGGAUCUCAAAAUGCCUUCAUCACUUCUGUGAUAAACGAAAUGAAAAGUGAAAAUUUGAAUAAAAAAAUCCUCCGCAAGAAUCAAAGAUUGAUUUUGAUGAGUUUGGUUUCCGUUUUGAUUCACCAACGGGACGUCAUUUCUUUAUUAAUCAUCGAAAAAGUCACGAAGAUUGAGGACUUUCAUUGGGCGGCACAGUUAAGGCAUUAUCACAUCGAUAAAUCAAUAAAAAUUGAGAUGAUUUAUGAGAAUAAAAACUACGGGUUCGAAUUCAACUCUAUGAUCGAUUAUCCGAUGAUAAAUACUCCCUUGACUGAUAGAAUCCAUCACACAAUUUUUCAAGCCAGUAAGCAUCAUUAUUUCUGCUCACUAAUUGGCCCUGCCAAUACUGGAAAGAUAGAGACAGUGAGAAACCUGGCAAUUUACGAAUUGGGACUUCGGUUUCAUCUGAUAAAUUGUACGAAGGAAUUAACCUGUGAGAGAGUCUCAAAUGUGAUAAAAGGAAUUGUCUCGGUUGGGGCUUGGGUGACCUUCAAGAAUAUAGAUCUUGUGCCGGCUCCAAUUCUGUCAGCGCUAACUCAAAAAUUCAGCCAAAUAUUGAAGCUUUUGGCUUUAGAAAAUUCGAAAAAGUCCAAAUUUGAAUGCCUCGAUUUAUUCGGAGAUUUAUCAAGGAUCAAGUAUUCGGGAUUCAUCACUGUGACGAUGACAUUGAGUCCUGGGAGGAUUUCACCAUUCUACAUACACAAGAAUAUUCCAGAUAACUUGAGAGCUAUCUUUAGGCCAGUAACUGUUCAUCAUCCGGAUUUUGAAAAGAUUAUUGAAGUGAAAUUAUUGUCCUCUGGCUUCAGAAAAACGCAUACUAUUUCUAAGAAGAUAAACAAGUUUUAUGAAUUGUGUUCUGAGCAGUUGAAUGCUGACCGAAGGUAUUUGUUUGAUCUCAGAUCACUGAUUUCGGUUGUUGGCAAUUCGGUGAGACUUAAGUUUCAGUUUCCUGAAGAAGAAGAUGAAGAACUUAUUAUCCUGAGAUCUCUGAUUGAUAUUCAUUUGGGCGUCUUAAGACAAGAUGAUAUUCCUAUUUUUUUUGGUUUCGUAAAGGACGUCUUUCCAGGGGUUCAUAUGUUCCCUCCGGACUACAGUCAUUUUCUCAGAGUCUUUGAGGAAUUGUCGACUUCAGAUGUCCUUCAAAUUCCUGAAAGCUUCAAAUUGAAACUAAUUCAAGUUCUUGAAAUGUUGCAUAUUAAACAAUCGUUCAUUAUUGUUGGGGAAGCUCUGUCAGGAAAGACCAAAUGUCUCAGUAUUUUAUCUAAAUGUUUAUCUUUGUUGCAUUCAAAAGACGAUAGUUUAGGGGGCGAAGUUGUCAUCGAAACAAUCAAUCAAAAAUCCAUGAGAUCAAAAAAUUUAUUUGGCUGCAAUGAAAUGAUAAAUACUAACAAGCGAUGGGUGGAUGGAAUUUGUACUUUGGUUUUGAGGAAAUUUACCGAGAAUAAAAGGGAAGUCAAUGAAUUUUAUUCGAGGAAAUGGUUGAUCUUUGACGGUCCAAUCAAUGGUCCCUGGAUGGACUAUUUAUCUACAAUUUUAGACGAUCAUAAAACAUUAUUUCUCGACUCUGGAGAAGGAAUCAAAAUUUCAGAGGGAAUUUCUAUUAUUUUUGAGACAGAAGAUCUAAAAGAUGCGACACCAGCUAUCAUUUCCAGAUGUGGAGUAAUUCACAUGGAUAGUGAUACGGUUGGCUGGAGAUCGCAGGUGAGAUCUUGGGUAAUUACCCAUGAUUUUGAUAUUCAAUCGAAAGACCACAAAUUUAUGAUUAACUUCUUAAAUUGGGCGUUGAAAAGUGCCCUGAACUUCAUAAGCGGUCUUCCUAAUUCUUUCCUCCACGUCAAUGAAGUUUUUCUGGUAAUUUCAGUAUUGAAAUUGAUGAAGAUAUACUUACUGGAUGCCCUGGAAAUUAACAAAAAAGAAGGGACCUCAGCUAAUUUCAACAUUCACUUUCGAGUGUGGUUUCAAGCAGCUCUCAUCCAAUCCAUAAUAUGGGGAAUGGGCGGAAUUUUAUCGUCGGAUGAUUCCAAAAAUCAAUUGGAUGAAUUCUGCACCUCAAUUUGGAACAAAAGACCAGUCGAGAUCAGUCAACCUGACCUCACUCUUCCCGAAGGUUUGAUUCAGGACCACAAUUAUGUUUUCAAAGCUACCGGUACUUGGAAAUCCUGGACGGAGAUCAUGAAGAACUCCAUAGAUUUCUUCAUUGAUUUCAAGUUCAUUCCAACCGUCAACACAACUCGACUGACGUUCAUCUUCGAAAGCCAUAUCAGACAUAAAAUUCCAUUUAUCAUCUGCGGAAAUCGAUCAAUUGGCAAAACUACAAUGAUGCACUUUCUCUUGAAGAAGAAGCUCCCUAAAUACACUGACAUGUUCCUGACCAAUAUUUUCAACUUAACCUCUAGAACUUGUCCACAUGAAGCCCAGAAAUAUUUUCUUCUGAAGAUGAACAGAAUCAUAAAAGGAAGGUAUGCACCUCCAAAAGAUAAAUACUCGAUUAACUUUGUUGAUGACUUAAACAUGAUAACCGAAGGAGAUGAUUGUGAUGGAAAUUCAGGAUCAACUUUAGAGCUGGUCAGGCAACUAAUGGACCAUGGUUAUUGGUUCGGUUGUAAUAAUAAUGAUGAAAAGUUUCACAAGAUAUUCGUGGAGAAUGUGAUGUUUCUCUCGGCUCUGACUCUCCAAGGCAAUAAUUCCAAUGAUGUUUCUUUACGACUCAUUAGACACUUUGCUUUGUAUUCAAUGAGUCCACCAUCCAAGGAAAACAUAUUCCGCAUCUUCUCAACUUUAUUAUUGAACCAUUUGAAGAAGAAUCAAUUCAGUGCUGACGUCAGCUCUAGUGUGAAUUCUAUGGUUCACGCAACGAUUCAGAUCUUCAAUUUAAUUUCGACCAACGAAGAGCUUCGUCCCAUUCCUCUAACCGAUUUCAAGUACCAGUUCAACCUUAGGGAUAUUGGAAGAGUCAUCAAAGGCUGUAGCUUGAUUCAUCGUGAAUCGGCAGAGACCAAAGUCACAUUGAUUCGUCUUUGGGUACACGAGUCUCUUCGCGUCUUCGGGGAUAGAAUCACCAAUCGGGAUCAUCAAAAAUGGUUAUUCUCCACCAUAAAGGAAGCUAUCAACAUUCAUUUCAGCAAAGAAUCCUUCGACUCGAUGUUUGAUCACCUUCCCAAGCAGAAUGACAAAUUGACAGCUGAGAGCUUUGAAAGCCUGAUGUUCUGUAAUUUCAUUGAUACAGGUGAUCAUAAGGAAGACUCAACACGGCGUCGAAGAUAUGAAGAGAUCACCUGCAGUAAGGAGACUCUUCACAAUAAAUUACUUUCAUACUUAAAUCAGUUCAACGAGAAAGUAGAAGAUUCCAAGAAGAUGGACAUCGUCAUAUUCUCCGACAUGGUGACACACGUGAUACGCCUUUGUAGGUGCCUCUGCACUCCCUCCGGCAACUUCCUGAUGUUAUCGAUGAGUGGAGGCUCAACAGGGAGGCGAAUCCUCACAAGAUUAUCCUGUUUCAUUCAAAAAUCUGAAUUUUUCGAGCUGUCUAACGAUUCAAAUUGGAGAAAAGAUCUGAAAAAAGCUGCUAAAUUUAUCUCUGGCAACGCCAAUGACUGCGCUUUUUUCAUUCCAUGUAGAUACCUCAAGCAUGAACACCUGAUGGACAUAAACUGCCUCAUAUCUACCGGAGAAAUUCCGAAUUUGUUUCCCGCAGAUGAUGAGCGUCAAGAGAUCAUCAAAUCCGCAAGACUGCCAGCUCAAAACGGCGACCGAAAUCUCGAGAUCGGGACUAUUGAGGUAAUGAACUACUUCUACGAACAGUGUCAGGAGAAGCUUCAUUUCAUUAUAUACGUGAAUCUUUUCGAUGAGACGAGAUGUCACAGACAUGCUAACUACCGAUUACUGAAGUUAUAUCCGAAUAUUUUAAACUUUUGCCUCAUCGAUUGCUUCCAGGACUGGCCCCAAGAAGCAUUUCAUCAACUCAGUAUGAAAUUCCUCCAAGACCUCACCGUAAUCAACAGCUUUACGAAAGAAAAAGUGGUCUCAGCAUCUGUUGAUGUCUAUAACCAUUUACGACUCAUCAAAUCCAUGAAUAAUUAUAAAACAACGCCAAGUCCAUAUGGCUUGAUUCAUAUGAUGAAGCUCUACUCUAAAAUCAUCACAACGAGACAUGAAAAGAUCAUGGAGUCCCGUCAUAAGUACCAGGUAGGUUUAGAAAAGCUUCAAUACGCUGAACAAGAAGUCUCGAAAAUGAAGGUAACUCUGACAGAGCUGAAACCACAACUGGAGUGGUCAGCAAGACAGACCGUAGAAACAAUGAGAGAAAUUGAAACGGAGAAUGUAAUCGUAGAGAACGCGAGGAUUCAGGUGAAGAGGGACGAAGAGAUCGCAAAUAGAGCUGCUGAAAUUGCUGCCAUUUUGAAAUCUGAGUGUGAAGCAGAUUUAGCUGUGGCAAUCCCGAUCCUUGAGGACGCCAUUGCCGCAUUGAAUACGCUUAAACCUGCUGAUAUUACUCUAGUUAAAGCUAUGAAAAAUCCUCCAGACACUGUAAAACUGGUGAUGGCGGCUGUUUGCGUGAUGCUAAAUAUAACAUCCGAUAGAGUCAUUGAUCCAGUAACCGGAAAGAAAUCUAUGGACUACUGGGGCCCCAGUAAACGAAUUCUCGGAGAGAUGAACUUCCUCCAAAUAUUGAAAGACUACGACAAAGAUAAUAUUCCAGCGACUUUGAUGAUGGUUGUGAAGAAGACCUACAUGACUGACAAGAGUUUCAUGCCGCAUAUUGUAGCUAAAGCUUCAAGUGCCGCUGAGGGUCUUUGUAAAUGGGUCAGGGCAAUGGUGUCCUACGACGAAGUGGCGAAGAUCGUCGCUCCUAAAAAAGAGAAAUUAGCACUGGCUGAGCAAGAAUGUAACGAGAGUUUGGACUUUCUCAAUGAGAAACGAAAGACAUUAGCUCAAUUAACGAGAAAGUUGACAGCACUUAACGAAACUUUAAAAGAGACUUUAGCGAAGAAAGUUGAAUUGGAAAGUGAAGCAAAGAACUGCACCGAAAAACUAGCUAAAUCCGAAGGAUUGAUUGCCAGUCUUGAUGGAGAGAAGAUCAAGUGGAAUAGGUCAGUGGACUCUUUGAAGAGUUCGUUGGAGACCUUGGCGGGAGAUCUUUUGAUUUCUUCCGGGGUAAUCGCCUUUUUGUCUUCUUUCGACGAAAUUCACAGACGUGAAAUCAUUGACAAGUGGAAAGACAUCCUUCAGGAAGAAAGAAUAUCUGUCUCAAAGUCUUACGAUUUUCUAAUUAGUCUAGAAUCCAAAAUCGCCGUUGACUCUUGGAGAUUCUCUGGGCUCUCUCAGAACGGCUUCUACGCUGAGGGCUGCGUCAUCCUGAAGAAUUCAACAUUGUGGUGUCUUCUGGUCGACCCACAGAACCAAGCCAACAAUUGGAUUCGGAAGAUGGAGGAGAAGAACAAUCUGAGAAUCUUCAAAUCCUCAGAGAUGAGGCUUCCCCAUUAUGUUGAACAGCUCAAGACUUGUAUGGCAGAUAAUUGCCCUGUUCUAUUAGAGAAUUUGAAUGAGAAUUUUAGCCCUUCAGACCUAGAUAUCAUCUGCCAAUUGAAAUCUCAGAAUGAUAAUUUCGAGACACAGGGAUUCCGAUUCUAUAUGACGACGAGACUUCAUAAUCCUUCAUUCAAUCCUUACAUCCUCAAAAAAAUAAAUGUCAUUAACUUUCAUCUGCCUGAGGAUGCUCUUCACGAACAAUUGCUUGAUAUCGUGGUUUCUCGCGAGCAACCCGAGCUUCAGGCGAAGUUCAAUGACGUGAUCAUUCGAAGCAAUGGAAAUAAGCAAAUACUUUACGAAGAAGAGGAGAACAUUCUUGCAACGCUCUCAUCGACAUCGACCUCAGUGUCCAUUCUGGAAGAUGAGAAGGCGCUGAAGAUGCUAGAUACCUCCAAGAAAUUAUCCGUCGAAAUAAUCUUGAAGGAGGAAGCCACCAAAGAAGUGAAGAGAGUAAUCGAUGGCUUCAGAAGAUGCUACAGCAGCUUCACUUUAUUUUCCGCUAGCUUAUACAACACCUUGACUUCGCUUGUCGCUUUGAAUUUGAUGUAUCAGUUCUCCCUUACGUAUUUCAUUCAACUCUUCAUGAAGUCCAUCGACAUUUCUCGGAGAAGCAACGUAAUUGACAAACGAUUGAAGUACUUGAAGCGCUCUUUCACACAGACUCUCCAUUCCAGCAUCAGAAAUUCAUUGCUAGAAGAGCAUAAGAUUAUUUAUUCAUUUUUACUUUGCUUGAAGAUGUUAUCGAGCGACGAAAAUCUUACUACAGAUGAAGUUGAUUGUUUCUUCGAGGAUUUACGCAAUAUUAAUUGUAAAUCCGAACUUCCUGAUGUAGAAUCUAAUGAUCUUAAUGGUUGCUCGACGAUUUUAUUUGAAAAACUGAAGAAAUUGGAGGAACGCUUCCCAGUAUUCGAGGGAAUUGUCACAAGUCUUGAAGAUGAUCAGAUUUCAUGGAAGACAUUCUCAAUUCAAGGUGAUCUUCCUUCUUCUUGGGCCUCAAAGCUGUCAAUCUUCCAGAAGCUUCUGCUGAGUGUCAAAUAUCUGAAACCAGACAAACUCCUUCGAAGCCUGAACCAUUUCGUCGUCUCCGUGAUGACUAGCUUUGACGUAUCUCCAUUGCCUCCGGGCGGAUUAUCCCAAUCAUAUUCAGAGUCCACCUGCCUUGUCCCCCUGAUAUUUAUACUGCCAUCGUAUCUAGAACCCCUGAAGAUGGUCACAGAAUUUGGGAAAAAAUUUGGAUACACCUCGAACAUCUUCACAGUGUCCUUAGGAGGUCCUGAAGACUCUAAUAUCCAGCCUUUGAUUAAAAGCUGCCAGAGGGAAGGGGCCUGGGUUAUCAUUCAAAAUUGUCAUCUCGCAGAUGCCUCAACAAUGUUCUUCCUGGAGAAUAUUUACGAGGACAAAAUGACCGGGACAGAUGCUCUCCUAGGAUUCAGGCUUUGGUUAUCAAGUCUUCCAUCAGACAAUUUACCAGUGGGCGUCCUCCAGGAUGGGAUUAAGAUCACCAGUAGUCCGCCUAGAGAUUUGAAGGAUUCCCUCAUGAUUUGUUAUCAGACUGAUCCGCUGAACAAAAUGGAGUUCUUCUCCAGCUGUCCUGGGAAGGACAGGGUGUUUUCGAUGAUGAUUUAUGGGCUCUGCCUCUUCCACUCUAUUCUCAGAGAACGUAAGAAGUUCGGGAGGCGGGGAUGGAACGUUAUCUACGAGUUUGCUCCUGCGGACUUCAAUAUUUCUGUACGACAUCUUCAGAACUUAGUACAAAGGAUGGAUUUCCGCGGCAAAGGAAGCGAUCAUUUUGUGGAAGGCAUCUUUCAUCUUGUGGCAAGAUGCAAUUAUGGCGGAAGAGUUAUGGAUUUGGAGGAUGAGAGGUACCUCCGUGAAGUUUUGAAGAAUUUUUGGAAUGGAGAGAUUGGAGUCAGACGGAACUAUGUGAUUAGUGGUGAAAAGGCAGGAUCUGUGCGAAUUCCUGAUAGAUGUGAGUACAAAGAUUUUUUAAAACACAUAGACCUCAUUCAGGAUUGCGAUGAGGUCCUCAAAGUUUUUGGCAUGGAUAAUGAUGUGGGAGUGGGGAGAGAUCUUUCUGAGGUAGACAAUUUUCUUAAAUCGCUUCAUUUAAUUAAUUUGAUUGAUAGGGAUGUUGGGAAGGAGAUGAAUGGAAAACUAGAAAAUUCUUUAGGGAGAAAUAUUGAAAUUAUCGAGGAGGAAUUUCUUGAAGUAAUUGAUGUGCAUCUGACGGAGAAAUUUCUGCUGGAAUAUUCAAAGCCAUUGAGUCAUGUUUUACUUGCCGAGGUUCAUGAUUUCAAUUCAAAAAUUAAAAAAAUUCAAAAUUUACAGAAUAGGGGAAGUGGGAAGUUGGGAAAUUUGGAGAUUUUUGAAAACGUUACAGUAUCAGAAUUGAGAGAACAAUUUAUCUUCCUACAAAAGUGGAUUGAGAGAGGAUUUCCUGAGGAUCCAAUUAGAUUGAGACUGAUUUCAUCGCCCAAAAAAUUAUUCUCGGCGAUAAAAAUCAUGUUUUCGAGAGAAUGUUUAAUCGAUAUUACAGAUAUCUCUAUCAAAACUGAAAUUCUGGCAUCUGAAAAUUCACAAAAAUUGAUUAAUGAUGGUAAAUCCAUAUAUAUUGAUGGUUUGUUAAUAAGUGGAGGCAGAUGGAAUGAAAUCGAGAAAAAGUUGGAGGUGAAUAACGCAAAAGAAUUUUGGAAUGUACUGCCGACAGUUCGUUUGACCCCAGAAAAAAUAGAAAAACGUGUUGCACAAGAUUUGAAUGAUAAAUUCCAGUGUCCACUAUAUAAAUCCAUAAAGCAAAGAGACUUGAUGGGUUUCUCAGGAAAUUUAGAAAAUUUCAUAGACAAAAUUCAGCUGAAUUCUGAUUUUUCUAGCAGUUUUUGGGUAAAACGAGGAACUUCAUUAUUUUGCAACAUUUAUUAG